AUGGCCCAGGUUAAUGGUGAGCAAGAAAUGUGGCUUAUGAAUAAAGUCGUGCAACUUUGUAGGGAUGUAGGAUCAGAGAAUGUCGCUGAUCCACGACGGUUCUGCUCAAAUAAAAAAUUGGGAUGCCGUUUUGGUUUUCUGGGUAUCCUCAAGCUUCGUGUAAAAAAAGGAAUCAACCUUGCAGUACGUGACAGUCGUGCAAGUGAUCCUUACGUUGUUGUCACCAUGCACGAACAGAAACUGAGGACUAAAGUAGUUGAAAGUGAGUGCAAUCCUGAGUGGAAUGAUGAGCUGACAUUGUAUGUAAAGAGAAUCGAUGCUCCAAUCAUUCUAGCGGUGUUGGACAAAGACACGUUCACAGAGGACGACCCGAUGGGGGAAGCUGAAUUAGACAUAAAGCCAUUGCUGGAGUGUGUGAAGAUGAACAUGGCUUCAACUCAAGAUCUUGAAGAAGGCGGCGUACUCAGGACAGUUCAACCUAGUAGGAAUAACUGUCUCUCUGAGGAGAGCUUGUGCACGUGGACUGAUGGAAAAUUCCGACAAGAAAUGUUUCUCAGACUGACAAAAGUUGAGCGAGGUGAACUGCUCGUGCAAAUUGAGUGGAAUGAUCAAGGUUGUUUGGGAUUAUCCAACCUUGACUUUUAA